AUGAACGCGCAAGUUUCUUUCCUUGAUGGCACCUAUACGCUGAUUCACAUCCCUCUCAAUCUCUACUCGACGCUGCUCCAGCCCAUCCUCCGCGUCCUCCUCCCACAGUCUCAGAGUCUGGGAAACUUGCGCGAUUCACCAGAGUACGAGCUACAGGGUCUCACAUCUGAUGGUCAACAUGGCUUUCUCAACAUCAGCAUCACCCCCCUCGAGUGUUCGGUGGUCUGCCACUCGUCAUGGGCACAGAAUGUGUUUGAGCCCGUCCUGAAGACGCUUCCGCGCGAUAUUGCCAAAUCCGUCUCAGUCUCCAAGGACUCGUACAUGAUCCUCUCCGUCAUUAGUGCUGGACUCGAUGCGGGCGGCCGUGUAAUGGAGUUGACCUCUCCACUGGCACUGGCUGGUAUCCCCAUCUUCUUCAUUACCACAUACUACUCCGACUUUAUUCUAGUACCGACCAAAGAGCGCGACAACGUUGCCAAAUCACUCCUCGCCAAGGGCUUCGAGUUGUGCGAGAACGAGUCCAACUAUGUCACACAGGGAUAUAAGAAGGGCGCCACCGAACCGACAGCGACCCCGCCGCACGAGGGUCUUCCGUCCAACGUUUCCGAGAUGCAGACACGUACCUUUGGCCUUCUCAAGAAACGGCAUGUCACUCCCAACAUCGAGGAGGGCUUGGUGCUGGUGCAAUGUUCUGGCCGUGAGGCAUCGCAGCUUGCAUCCUUCAACCACCAACGACCUUCGAUCAGUCGACACGCCACGGGGAACGGUCGACGACCAAGCUGGGCGGAUAAUGUCGAUACGAAGCUGUACACUUGCAUCAUCUCGGCUCUUGUCUCGCAACCACGAUUCAUGUCGGUUACGUUGGCCCAGGACGACCCACCUUCGCUACUCCUCGACAAGAACCUCCUUGAUGUCUUUGGCGACUCUCUGGUGGGGGAUACAGAAGGCUGCCUGAUUCCCAUUUUCCUCAACCUGGAAAGCUUGUCUUUGGAAGCCACUGGUAUCGUCUGCGGUGUUGCCGGCAUCCUGGUGCAGGAUCCACAGAUAGCGGAGAGCUCGGAACUUUCGUACCUCUCAACAGCCCAAGCAGGUGCCGUCAUUCUCUCGGAGGAGCAGUCUGUCCGGGCUAUGGGUAUUUUGGAGCCACUGCUUACCAAGGAGUCGUAG